AUGAUCACCGUACGCCCAACUGGAGGAGCCCUCCUUUGGCUCCUUUUGAUCUCCUUCUGCUUUAUAUUUACCAGUGCCAAUGCACAAGAUUGCAGUGCUUUGAACACAUGCGCUACUGGAUGCUGCAACAAAGGCGGAUACUGCGGAAUCGGUGAUGAUUACUGCGGUUCCGACUGCGUUGCGAAUUGUGAUUACGAGCCAGAAUGCAGUGUCUCGAAGCCCUGUGCAAGUGGAUGUUGCAACAGCUAUGGCUAUUGUGGUCUGGGACCAGACUUUUGUGCCGAUAAGGUUUGCGUGGGAAACUGCGACAGCAAGGCAGAGUGCGAUCCCGGCAAAUAUGGUGACUAUGCGGAAUCUUCCAAAUGUCCAUUGAAUGUCUGCUGCUCGAAGUUCGGCUUCUGCGGCACUACCGAAGAAUUUUGUGGCAAGACAAAAGUCAAGCGCCCUUCCUGUGACAAAGAUGGAUCUCUCAAUCGAGUCGUAGGGUACUACGAGGGUUGGAGUCCUUCACGUCGCUGUAAUACGUUCUACCCCGAACAAAUCCCUGUGGGCAUCUAUAUACACUUGAAUUAUGCUUUCGCGUCGAUCGAUCCAGAUACAUUCGAGAUCGUCGCGGCCACCGAGAGCGAGAAAAAGCUGAUGACGCGCUUGACGGAUCUUAAGAAGGUCGAUCCCGAUCUCAAAGUCUUCAUUGCCGUUGGUGGCUGGACUUUCAAUGAUCCUGGAGCCACCCAAACUCUGUUCUCGGAUCUCGCUGCGUCGGAAAGCAAUCAGAAGAAGUUCUUCAAGUCCCUCCAGAGUUUCAUGUCUAUAUACGACUUUGAUGGGAUUGAUCUUGACUGGGAGUAUCCCGUGGCGGAUGACCGUGGCGGUCAAAAGAAAGAUUUCGACAACUUCCCCAAGUUCUUGGCCAAUUUGAAGAAAUCCCUUAAGUCUACUGGUGGCCGCGAUGGAGUCAGCAUUACACUGCCCGCUUCUUAUUGGUAUCUUCAACAUUUUGAUAUCGCAAACCUACAAAAACACGUCGACUUCUUCAACAUCAUGACCUAUGAUAUGCAUGGAAAAUGGGACUUGGGCAGUGAAUGGGUUUCCCCUAUGCUCGACUCUCAUACCAACCUAACAGAGAUUACCAAUGCUCUCGAUUUGCUCUGGCGAAACGACAUCAAGUCUGAUAAGGUCGUCCUGGGUCUUGCAUUCUACGCUCGAGUAUUCACUGCUGCUGACCCGAGCUGCAUGGAGCCUGGUUGUUUGUUUGUUUCCGGUGGAAACGCUGGGAAAUGCAGUCAAGAAGUUGGCAUCUUACUGAAUUCUGAAAUUAUGGACAUCAUGGAUAAGCAGUCCCUACAGUCCACGCUGGAUAAGGAGGCUGCCGUGAAGAUUCUCAAAUUUGACGACAACCAGUGGCUUACCUACGAAAAUUCAGACACAUUUAAGCUGAAAGCCGACUUUGCCCGAAGCCAAUGCCUUGGUGGUGUGAUGGUGUGGGCGGUUUCCCAUGAUUUACCCCAAGCGUCAAUGGAGGUCAAAAAGACCCAUCCGCAGUGCAAGUGGACGAAUUGCUUCGACGAUUGCCCUAGUGGAUGGUCGCGGGUUCGCCGUACAGAUGACGGUGCCCGUGAAGGCGAGCACAUGUGGGAUUCUACCGCAUGUAGUUUUGGACAGCAUACGUUCUGCUGCCCUCCUGAUGCCGAACUUCCCAAAUGUGGAUGGUAUACCCAUAACAAUGGUAAAUGCAAUUCGGAGUGUCCUUCUGGCUACACUGAGAUUGGAUCCAACAUACAAUACUGUUCUAACGACUUUAACGACUACCAAGCUGCUUGUUGUACAACUGAAACUCCCAGUAUGAAACUUUACUCCAAGUGUGACUGGGCGGGAAAACCACGGAAAUGCGACGAGGAAUGCCCUAGUGGCAAGUCCGAGGUGGCUCUGUCAACUACCGGCAGUGGUGGUGUAUACUGCGACGUUACUUCUUUCAAAUACACAAUGAACGGCCAAGAGGGCACAAGUUGGGAGGAACGCAGCUACUGCUGUAGUGAGGAAGACGAUGUUGAAUGGAGUAAAUGCGAAUGGCGUGAUGACAUUGGCCUGAUGCUCGACAAAAGCUAUGUUGACGGUUACUGUCUCCCCGGCUGUCCGGAUGAAUACGUGCGUGUCGCUAUUGAUCAACACGGUGGUGGUUGCAAAGGCGACGGUGGCCGAGCCAAAUGCUGCUUGCCAAAAUAUUCAACAGUCAGCAAGAGAUCAUACACCACGCGGGAACAGAGUCUUGAUGACUUGGUUAAAGGGUUCAUGGAUGAUCCGAGUUGUGGAGCGGACGAUUACAACUUGAAGAGGGAUCUCGCGGGCUUUGAAUAUUCUGUGGGAAAUACCUCUUUGUCCGAUCUGUCUGGUACUCGAACUCCAACAACACUUCAACGCCGCUCAACAACCAAACAGCUAGAUGCUAUCUAUACUGUUGCAUACGCCCUUGCUGUGCAGUUUACAGUUAAUGCAGCCUACGAAGAGAUCUGGAAAAAACGUGUGCUGCCAUCAUACCCACAUCUUACAGUCAAGGCUAUUCGCAAUUACCUGACUACGUCUGAGGACUGGGCUGAAGGAGGUAUAAGUUAUAAACUAGAGAAGGUUCUUUGCGCCCCAAGCAUCUUCGACAGCAAGUUUGCAGAAAGAAGCAUUGUCUCCUGCGCAUGCGAAACAAGCGAUUGCUGCGAUGCAAACGAUCCGGAUUCCUGUUCGGAUCUUGACGGUGAUGAUGAUGAUUCUACUGCUCUUAGCAAAAGAGUUUUAGAUAAGAGAGCCUCGCGAACGUUCGAUGUCGAUUUAUCAGACGGUGGAGCGCAUGCUACGAUCACUUCUUGGACGUAUAUCGUGCGUGGCAACAUUCGAGGAAAUAAUCCCAUCUUGGAUGAAGGUUAUACCUACGAUGACGCUGAGGACUGCCUCAAUACUCAAAUCGCUUUGAUGUCAGUUUCGAUGGCGAAUAUCGGAAGAUAUCAGGUCGAACAUGUCGUUGAGUUGAACACCGUUGCCUUUUUCCUGAGAGAUGCAGCCAAUGGGGUCCUCAGGUCUGGUGGUGUGAUGAGACUCGGUCGAAUUUCAGUGACCUUCGUUAGACAGGCUCUGAUGGCGCCAGUUCUUACCAACCCACCAGUAAUGACUGGUGCCGACCAAUCCUUGACUCCCAUGACCCGGAUUAUGCAUGCUUUGGGUAGCCUGAACAACCAAGCUGAUUUCAACCUUUUGCUUAAUCGUUUGAACAACUUAAAAUCCAGGCUCUGGCUUUCAAAAACACUCAUCCUUGAUGAAAAAAUGGAGAAAGCAAUCUCAGCCGAUGACCCGAAUCGCGCAUUGAUACAUCUCCGCGAGCCCCUCACUAUUAUUUCCUAUCUCAACCAUCUCAGAAUCCAGCCUGACAUGAUCGACACUUUUAACACAAUUCACGUAGAAUUCGGUCGAGCAGAUACGUACUGGGUGAAUGCUGGACAUCCAAACCCGCAGUCGCAAGCCAGAUGGGAUGAAUGGGUUCCUGACUUAUUAGAUAGUGCCACUCAGAAUGUUCGCACGUUUGUUGAAAAUUGGGGGGAUCAGAUGUAUAGGUUUUGGGCAGUCCGGACUGGUGAUAACGUUGCGCAAACGCUCGAGAUCAUUAUGACUUUGCGAAGACAGGCUAAAACUGCGAGGAUUAAUCCGAAUGGCCUGGAUUGA